AUGCUAGCAGGGGUAGAUGAAACCAUAAAUUCCUUGUAUAUACAAGGAAAUGGACCAACAGCGGCAUCAGUGACGUCAGAUGGGCCACGUUCAAAUCUCGAAGCGCAACUCUGCUCUUACCCCGUUUGCGUUCGAAGAAUGGCAUCCUAUCUUUCCGGACUUACGCGCCAAAUUCUUCGUCCUGGACUCAAUAUGUCCGGUGGCCAUCAGUUUACUCGACCCCUAACUCCCAAUUUCAUCAGAGCAGGUCUCAAUCCUUCAAGAGGGCUUCAGCAUACUUUGCAACUACGAGGCUCUCCAUCGUUUACAUGGAGCAAUGCUCAGCAUAGUUCGUUCAAGGCGAGGGUCAAUUUACCUUUCCUGAUGAAGGGAGCUUGCGUAGCAGGUGUUGGCCUGGGUCUUGCUAGCCUCAACCAACCGGCGAUCCAAUGCGACUCACCGAACACAACCGCAGUUGCGACUCCAACUCCGCCCCCUGUUCCUUCAUAUGAAGGCGGUCUUCCUCCCCCGCCAGCAUCAUCCGUUUCCCUAUACGAGCUAGGCUUUGGCACCGUUACAGGCAUAUGCGCAGGCAUAUUCGUCAAGAAAGGCUCAAAGGCGCUAGCGUGGCUUCUUGGAGGCAUCUUCGUCCUCCUCCAGUACCUAGCAUCGACCUCUAUCAUCCGUGUAGAUUGGGCAAGAGUUGGGAAGAAAUUCGAGAACCAGUUCCACACCACAGACUCGUCUGGCGCGUCGCGGCCGCCCACUAUCUUCAUGUUAUGGAACUGGCUCAUCAAUUUCCUCACUGCUGAUUUCCAACCGAGGGCGUCGUUUAUUGCAGGAUUUGCUCUUGGGUUGAGAAUAGGUUGA